AUGAAGUCGCCCUCGGUGAACCUCCACGCCUCUGAAGGCGGCCUUGAAAAAGACGUCAAGGCUUGCGCACACGACCUCUCAGCCCUUGACGAAUACGUUCAAGCCUUGCGGAUACCUAAACAGGAUUCUGCGGUCCCAGAGGGAAACCUCACAACCGAGGGUGAAGAGAGAGCACAAAAGGAGGAUGACCUCAUCAGCAUCGCCUCGAUUGUCGUCCUUGCUAUCUUCUGCCUGUACAAGCUCUUCGGAGAGGACUAUCAGCAAGACUUCUACUGCAAGUCUUCUCAAGGCCGGUUCUACUGGGCCUUCCUCGUCAACGUAGUGAAAGAGGCCCUCAUGAAGUACACCGCCAAGGCAUUGCAACCGUCGGCUACAGGAGAGCCAGAGGGUGCCGGCAUCAGAGCACUGAAGCGGCUAUGUCGAGUCUCUAGGGUCCCUCUCUUUAUCCUUGUGUUUUCGGCAAUUACUGUUGCGCCGGGAGCGUUUUGCAAGUGCCAAGAGUAG